GGACUGAGUGGGAGUGGGCGCAGGGGGUCCAGCUGAUAUAAGGAGCUGCCCACACGGAAGGGGACUUCCAGCAGCUGCUUCCAUCGCUCUGCGCUGGGACCAUGGAGGUUCCCCUGCUGUGCGUGCUGGUGGUGUUUGCUGGUGUGAUUCCAACCCAGGGAGGAAUUCUGGACCUGAACAAGAUGAUCCGCCAAGUGACCGGGAAGACACCCUUCUUCUCCUAUUGGUUUUACGGCUGUCACUGUGGACUCCGUGGCAAAGGCCAGCCCAAAGACGCCACGGACUGGUGCUGCCAUGCCCAUGACUGCUGCUAUACUCAUCUGAAGUACCACAAAUGCCGUCGCCGCUGGGACCGUUACCACUACACGUUUUCCGAGGGGGACGUCCAGUGCCCUGAGAAGGGGAGCUGGUGCGAGCAGCAGCUGUGUGCCUGUGACAAGGAGCUGGCCUUCUGCCUUAAGAGUAACCUGGACACCUACCAGAAUCAUCUGCGUUUCUACUGGCGGCCCCGCUGCAAGGGCCAGACCCCUAUGUGCUAGGAGAAGCCCCAGCUGUCCCGCGCCCUCCGCCCCUUGGCAUCUUGAGCUCUGGAAGUCCCGUAGGAUUGCUGACACCCCCGCCCCCAGUGUCUACCCCCCUGAACCAGCCUGGCUCCUUUAAAAUACUCCUGGGAGGAUGGAGGGUCUCGGCCUCCCUCCCACCCCCCAUCUUGUCUCUUGGACCUUCUAAAAUUUCCCAGCCGAGGCAGCAGCUGUCUCCCCUGGGAGUGGAUUGGGAGCCCCCAGGGAUGGUGUUAGAGUGAGGGCAGCAGGCAGUGGGGGAGGGGCCUGGAGGCCUAGGUGUGGCAGGUUCUCCCUGACAGGGCCACUCACCAGGCCUCCCUGACCCAGGCCACCUUCCAAUACACUGUCCAACUGCAGCCAGAGCGGCCCCUCUAGAGGGCGACACCGAUCUUUCUGUCCAUGUGACUCUACUUCUUAAAACCCCAAAGACUUUCACCGCCCCAGGUUAGGGCCUCUCACAGGAGUUGGGGACCCGCACUGUCUGGCACUGUGUCCCCGUCCCCAACGAGGCUUGGAGGUCCUUGCGGGCUGGGCCCAGGCCUGUCUCUACUCAGUUGCUUCCCUGGUGCCCAAAGCCUGGAACAGAGACAGGGCUCCAUCAACGCCUCUUGAGGGAGGGGUUGGAUAAAGCCGCCUGCUCCCCUUCCCCAGGCACCAGGUCCCUGAGCACAUGCCACAUGUCCUCCUGGCUUUCCUUUCCUGUUUCUGGGCAUUUGCUCAGGCAGGGCCUUCUGCAGAAAUGCUCUCCUCAGGCUCCUCAGGGUCCAAAGUCUUUUUCCUACAGAAGUCUCCCCAGGCUGAUUCCUCCUGGCUCCAAGGACUCACUCUGUCCUCCGAGCUCCCAGAGCACUUUAUGGGUCUGCAAUUCCCAAGCUUUAUCUCAAGUGGUAUGUAAUUGUCCAGACUUCUCUGGGCUCCCCCAAAUAGACUGGAGCUCCUGGAGGACAAGGACCGUGUCUGUUUCAUCUUUAUUUCCUCUGUUCCCCCCUAACAAUAGGUGCUCAAUUAAUCCUCUCCCAGCCCAGCCCCCAAACCCCAGCUAAGCCAGGUGUUGGCUGCUAAUGCUCACAUCUGCCUCCUUCUCUUAAGGAUUGCCCCUGUCUGCUCAUCACCCCUCCCCACUCCAACUUCCUCUAACCAAUGACUAGGGAGUAUAACACCAUCAAGGGUAGAACUGCCCAGCCUCUGUGCAGGACCAUCAGGGUGGCACAUUGUGUGCCCCAGAGCUCCUCGUGGGAUCAGGCUGAGGGUAGACAUCUGGAACCACUUCUUUGCUUAGCUUCAUCCCCUGGCCUAUCCUGUUUCCCAUGUUCCCUUAUAGGUGUCUCCAGAGAGCACUCCCUCAAUAAAUCAUUCAUUUGUUCAAGAA